AUGAAGAAAUCGCAGCUAGUUUUUGUGCCCAUACCAGGCACAAGUCACCUAGUGCCCACCGUCGAGUUCGCUAAGCGCCUCGUCAACCGCCACGAAAAUCUUUCUAUCACCCUCCUCAUAAUCAAAGCACCGAAUGACCCAACCGGCGACACCUACACGCUUCACCUCACCUCUUCCCUUUCCUUCCCAAAACGUCUCCGCUUCAUUCUCCUACCUCCGCUCCACGACCCUAACACCGAUCACCAUCUUAUUAAUCCAGCUUCCUUCAUCGACUCUCUCGUUGAAAACCAGAAACCCAACGUCACACAAGCCGUGUCCGCCCUCAUCUCAGGCACCGACUCGCCUCGACUUGCCCGGUUCGUGGUCGACAUGUACUGCUCGACCAUGAUCGACGUCGCCAACGAGUUCGGAGUUCCAACCGUCGGAUUCUUCACUGCAAGUGCCGCGUUCCUCGGGUACAUGCUUCAUACUCACACGCUCCGAGAACGAGACGGCGUUGAUACGACUGCCUUUAAUUUCAAGGACUCCGGCGCCGAGUUUGCCAUCCCGAGCUUGAAGACCGAAAUAUUAAAUCGCCACGCUGUCCAGUCACUCUCCAACAGUGAUCUUCCUAAGGUCUAUCCGGUGGGGCCCAUCUUAAGUGUAGGGGAGGCCAAGGACACCAAGAUGGUUCAAAGAAGGAUCCGACGUGAUGGAGCCCUUUAUUUCUCGACAACCUCGUUGAUUCGCUGCUGUCUACUCUACUCUGCAAGACUGCUAACCAUCUUCACCAGAGUUAAGCAGAUCGUUUCAUUAUUCACUUGUACGUGCGCACCACGGCCAUGA